ACACGAUUUACGCUAGAAGUCCGUGAACUUGCGAUAUUCCGCGUAAAAGAAGGAUGUCAAGAUUCGCGCUCAACAAGGUGCCUCGUGUUAGUUCGAAAACACAGCUUUUUCUCACGUGUUUUUCGAUGAUUUUGAUGAACAGCGAAAUAAUAGCAAGUGGACUCCCUUAUUCAGAGCCACCAAGUUUCAAAAUCGGGGAAAAGAUUCGUUUGGAGACAAUUUUGUCGUGUGGUACUGGCGCGUUCCAGAACAAACAAGAUUCAGUGUUUUGGUGUGAUUCAAUGAAGGAAGACGAUUCUAACCAGACGAAUGGAAAUCAAAGUGACACGUGUUCCGCAUGCGAUCCCUUGACAAAUGCUUCAUAUAGCAUAAAGAGCGUACUGACAGGGAAUGGAGUGAGGGAAUGGAGGUCUCUCCCAAAGGAUAAGGAGAGUAUUCUACAGGAGCUCAACAUCACGAUCAACUUUCCACAGGUACUCGAGAUACAGAGUGUUUCUGUGAAGGCAGGUAAAACGCCUCUUCCCGCUGUCUGGGCCCUGGAAACGACCCUAGAUGUUAACAGCGACUUUCAGGGGGUGCGUUACUACGUUAAAAACCAAGAGGAUUGCUUGAAACACUUCGGAGUGAGCCUGUUAGACAGUCCUGUUUGCCAUCUACAAUCGGAACGUUCGUGGACAGAAAGCAAAACUUUUCUAAAUCAUCUGGCGGCUAGUGUCCAGCUAAGAUUUUUAAAAAUGUGGCCUGUUGUUGAAGCAAGCAACAACUAUUCGGAUUACUACUCAAUCAGCGACAUUUCAAUAGAAGGACGCUGUGUCUGUAAUGGCCAUACAGAUGAGUGCAGUCCAACAGACGAUGGACGCAUGGCUUGCCAUUGUCGCCAUAACACGUGCGGGGAACGGUGUCAAUUUUGUUGCGAGGGUUACUCUCGAGACGACAAUGGUGAUUGUGAGGGUAUGUUUCGGUUUUGCUUUUCAACUAACAAUCGUUGUCUCGGGGGCUCCCAUUUUGCUAUUUUCAGAGGAUAA